CCACUGCUCCCUUCUUCUUCAGCUCAACUUCACUGCUAAUUUUCUCUUUUCCAAAUGAUAGGGAUUUGGAGUUGUGGUCAGUUCAACAUGUCUCUGCGGCUCUUUUGUGCUUAGGAGAAGGAACUCUCACAUACUUGCCCUAUGCCCCAUGGGAGACAGCACUCCCAAAACUUCUCCAAUGUGAAUUUUUCACAUGGGCUACAGUUCUUUACAAGUCCUGCUUGCAAACCUGGCCUGUCGCUCAUAUGGACACAGCUCAUGACAGGAGCCUGACCCAGCAUGGGAUCACCUGGAGCACCUACCUGCCCUCUUCACUGAGAUCCUUCACUGAGGGUUGUUUCUCUCACCUCUUCCCUCCCCUCUCUUCUGGCUUCCACAAUAGGUUCUUUCUCCCUUCCUAAACGUGUUAUUUCAGAGAUGCUUCCACCAUCACUGAUGAGCUCAGCCUUGGUCAGUGGUGCAUAAGUCUUAAAUCCAUCUGGUGUUGGCUCCCUCACAACCAAAACCUUGCCAUGCAGCCCAAAUCCAGAGGGUGCAAGGCAAACAGAGCCAGACACUUCUCUGAGGGGCCCAGUGAUGGGAUAGGAAACAAGCACAGGCUGGAACACUGGUGUGAAACACAGGAAAGCCCUUCUUAUUGUUGAGGGUGACCCAAGCACUCUCUCACAUUGCCCACGUGACUUGACGAUUUUCCCUCCUUGGGAGGACAGAAGGAGAGCUUAAGGAGCAAGACAAUGAAACCCAAAAGUGCAGGCCAAAUGCCCGAGAUUCUGAAUGCAAACAAACACCCGAGUAAAUUGAGAGGAAUGGAGGAAAGAGACAUGGUAUACCAUUUUGCAAUGAUAUCAUGGCAUAUCUUUGGGUGACCAGUCAAGGCUUGAAGCCCUGGGAGCAGCUUCACCCCUUGCAAUCAACAAGGCCACAGGCAACACCACCAGUGAGCUCCAGGCCAAUUUCAUUUCCCUGCAUGCCCCCAUCCAGCACUUGAGUGGAGGAUUCUGCAGACACUGACACAUUCCUGCCCUGGAAAUCCUGAGGCGUCUCAAUCUCAGCACUCAGAAGAAGCCUCCAUGAAGAAAUGUCUAUGAAUAAGCCAGGAAAUGAAAAGGUGGCAACACGGAAAACAAGCACUCAGCCCAUGUCAUUAGCUGGGAUGUUUUCCAUACAUCAUGAGCACCUUAAGAAAUUAUCACUUUCAUAGAAGCCACCUCUGGGCCUGGGGCAACUCAGAGUGACUAUAAAAGCCAGCCUGAAUUCACACUCUCUCAUCCACUUCUCCUGCCUCCUUCUCCUUGGGAUCCAGGUGCAUCUGCAGCCCCAAGCCAUGUCCUGCUACCCCCGGUGCCAGCCCUGCCAGCCCUGUGGGCCCACCCCGCUGGGCAGCAGCUGCAAUGAGCCCUGUGUCAGGCAGUGCCAGGACUCCACCGUGUUCAUCCAGCCCUCGCCCGUGGUGGUGACCCUGCCUGGGCCCAUCCUCAGCUCCUUCCCACAGAACACCGUGGUGGGAUCCUCCACCUCUGCUGCUGUUGGCAACAUCCUCAGCUCUGAGGGAGUGCCCAUCAAUUCUGGGGGUUUCGACCUCUCCUGCAUCACCAACCGCUAUGGUGGCAGCAGAUGCCGUCCCUGCUAAUGCCACUGGUGCAGCCCUUACGAGGAACCCCAGGAACCCAGAAGCUGAUGCUGG